AAAACCGCUAUUAUUGACUUGUCUCAAUAGCGUAUCUGCUUCGAGAUUCCACAAAAGCGGUGAAAAGACUCCGCCUUAGGGGCAUCCACAAACACUGUAUUUCCCGAGCGCUGCUAGACGCAAUGUCGAGAAGAGAUAUCGUUUGGUGAAUCCAAUUGGAAAUCAUUGGUGAUGUACCAUGAUUCCGUGCGGCUUUCAAUAUCGAAGGGCCCUCGAUACACCCAAGCAGGAUUGCUUUUGAGUGAAUGCUUUCUCGAUAUCGUAAACAACUUUGUGUGAAAGAGUCACAGUGGACUUACCAGAUUGGUAGGCAUGCUGGUUCUCAUGAAGAGACACGUUGGCCAGAUGAACAUCACGGAUGUGAUGAUCCACAAUGCGUUCUAAGCAUUUCAGAAGAAUAGAGGUCAAACUGAUAGGUCUGAAACUCUUUGCUUCUUCAUACGACGCUCGACCCGUUUUCAGAAUAAACUUUACAGUAACAUCCCGCCAGGAUAUAGGAAUAUAGCGUGUAGUAAUACUGCAAACAAUGUUUUUCAAAACAUGUUUGAAAUAAUCAAACCCCUUCUGAAGCAAAAUAAGAUAUCUCAUCUACUCCAAGAGAUUUGAAAGGAGCAAAGCUAUUUAGUGCCCACUCAAUCGAUUCUAUAGUUACAAUACUCCGAGCCGAAGCCAUGGAAUCAUAACUUCAAGAAAAGACAUAAGGUUCAUUCGGAGAUGUAAUAUCCAUGCAUCCGGGGAAGUGUGUAUUCAAUAUAAAAUAUAAAUAUAAACACUCCAAAAUUUCAUCAUCAGAGGAAAUGAAAGCGUCAUUUGGCAAACAAAGUUCGUUCACUCAGAAAUCCUCAGAUUUCGCAAGGAUUUUGUUCAACCGAUUGACUUCACUCAAACGGGAAACUUUGGUGAAAAAUGUUUCCAGCCGAAUCGUUCAGCAGACCAAAGAGCUUCCUGGUAGGCCUUGCGAGCCGACCGAACGUCUGUUCUAACUUUUUCUACAUUAUUUCCUGAACUUCACUCGAUCAUAGUUCCAACAAGGGGUUCCUCUUGUGGUUUUCACAGACAGCAGAGGUCAAGCUUCUUUGAAAGUUUUCAUGAUGAAGGCCGUUGUAGUAUCAACGGUAUCAUUACAAUCAUCCAUGUAUCCAUGAAAGCUGACCGCAACCAAAUCAGUAAAGAGAUACCAGUUGGUUGACCGGAGAUUUCUGAAACGAAAAGUUUGCGAAGUAUCAGUCAAGUGUUCCAAAAAGAUGUUGCGAUAGUUAGAUAAAGAUUCUUCAUCUGAUACAUGCCAAUUGGUCAGCUCGUGACUAUUUCUACCAGAACAAAGCGUUAUUUCUAAUACUUCCUUUCUAGCAGUUACCAUGGGCAGUUACCUAUGUUAUUUAUUGCAAGAUCUGUCUUAUUUAAGUAUUACUUCAAGCUGAAGCCGCUCGAGUUAAUGUCUGAGCUGCCUCAGAUGAUAUGGUGAGCAUUAGCAUCGUUGCCAACGAUGAGCUGAAACACUUUUGAAGAGAAAUAUGUUAUGACUAGGGGAUGGAUGAUUCAUCAUGCAGUAAAUAAACCAAACAAUAGACGUUUUUUCUGAUGAGGUUUCCAACAGAUACGUCAAUUGUAAAAGGACAUACAUCUCUGGCAGUUAUUUCAGAGAUCAGUGUUUUAAACCCCUACCCUCGUCCCCUAAUGUCCACGUAGACAGACAAAAAACUAUUUAUAAAAAAAAAACAUUUAGAUACCCUAAAUAACACAGCGCAACAUUGUUUUUGUGUCAAGAGCAAACUUAGGCCACUGAAUCCGAAUCCGGGCUCAGAUUUGCUCCAGUACGUCACAAUUUUGAGCUAUACCUCAAUUCAUAGGGCAAAAUAUGCGAUUUUGGACUUUUUUGACUAGAUUGUGCUACUUUUCCCCGAAUGUCGGUUCCCCGAAUGUCGUUUCCCCGAAUGCCAGUUCCCCGAAUGACCCGUUUUCCCGAAAAGACUAUAACAUUACAUCCUUAUUCGAAAUGAUCACUUGCCACAACAUGUUCAUGGUCCUGGGAACUAGGUUGUUCAAAAAGUUAACCGAUCAUAAUUUAAUAAGUCGUUAGAGUCAAUUUGGUUCUAGAAAGAACGAGCAGCAAUGGAAAGAAGGAGUCAUAUUACCCUUCUUCAUUCAGCAGUGUUUCAGCAGAUCUGAGGAGCAAUAGAACUUGAAAGAACCGCCUAUAAAAUAAAGAAGGUUGUGAUUCGGGGAAAAGGGUCAUUCGGGGAAAAGUGCCAUUCGGGGAAACGGCAUUCGGGGAAUCGGCGUUCGGGGAAACGACAUUCGGGGAACCGGAAUUCGGGGAAAAGUAGCACAACCCAUGGAAAUAUAUAUUUUAAGUAAUCAAAGGAUAAAUUGGUCAAUUAACAUCUAAAUUAACGACUCAUGCAAAAUAUUUCAUUUUCUUAUUUGAUUGAUUUAAGUAUUUUAUGUGUUAAGUUGCAUGCAACUUUUGGAGGGUGACUUGUAUGGGAAAUAUCGUACUUAACAUAAAUCGCUCAAAACCAUCAAAUUCGAUUUGGUAAAACGAAAUAUCCUUUGUUUGGUUAAGGACAGACUUGUUAGAAUCCCAAUAUGGCCGCCACAAUGGCCGACUUUGGCACCUACUCAUGAUUUUGAGGGCACAAAGCUCUUCGUUAACAAAACCAGCGCACUUCUUAUUUUAAGCUUAUUACAAGUGAGCAAGAACAGAAUAAUAAAAUGCUUUGUUGUUUGAAGCUUGCUUCUUGAGAUUUGUGCGUCUGAAGUUUUGAUGCAAUGUUGAACCGGGAUUUCAAGACCCUGGGCUUGGAUUAUAUGUUCCAGUAAGCUUUGAUUUCAGGCAUGUGGUCGAUGUGCUUUGCAGUAAUGAUUGGAAUAUCUGAAUGUAUAAUCAAUGGCAAAUAAUUCUGUAAAAAUCAGAUCUUCAAGUCAUCUGAUAUAGUAUAUAGUUAUACUGAUCAUGAUGCUGCAUAGUAUAUCGAACAUUUGUCGAAGUCAUUUAUGUGUCGGGAAAAUAUAAUUCCAAGUUGGUGAGAAUAUUACAAACUGAGGGAGGGUAAUAGGCCCAGUCAGACCCCUGAAUGGGCAAUGUGGGUUAGUGUAUGGGAAUGCCAUUGAAGGUUUGUAAUAUUCUCCGAGGCUUUCGAAAUCCAACAGGGCGCGUCCCCGGGUUGCGGAUAGGGGGAAAAGGGAGAUUUUUCGCAUUUGUACUGUAAUCAGCCAAUGUGAUAUUAUCUCCUAUGGUGUUGUAGUGCGAAUGAAUGAUCUCAUUCUAUGGGAAUUCGAACCUUGUAAUGUAUUCUUUAUGAACUUCAAUUUGACAAGGUUUUGAAGACAAACAUGAGAUGAGAGAAUUGCCUAAUAGGAAAGUCACAUCAGCAAAGCUUUUACAUAUGCAAAUGCUAUCCAUGGGGUCAUGUCUAGCAUUUAAUAUGUAUGGCAAUGACUGGUUCUUACCUACACUGAGGCAAAACAACUUAGGAAGAGCAUAAGAUCCCCUUAAGAUUUGGUGACACUACGAUUAUUGUUGAAAGCCAUAAAUUUCACUUAUGAUUAAGAGGGAGAAAAUUUUAUAUCGAGUCACUUACCAAAAUCAUAAGUUUUGCUGAGAAAUAUCAUUGAAUCAAAACUAUAACUAUCGUAUGUUUGCUCUUAUUGAAAUCAAAAAUUGAAACUUAUAGAAAUCAAUAUUAGUAAUUAUGAUUGUCAUGUCGUAGGCAAAAUGAUUUUGUAUUCAUAUAUUGUUGAUUUUUUGAUGAAAUAAUUAUGCUCCAACUCAUGUCAUGUUCUUUGAAUUACCGCGUAAGUGAAAUGAUCGACUUCUCUUCAUCGACCACAUGGAACAAAAUGACAAGAAUCGUAUUCGACUGUACUUUCAUUUAAUAAUGCAAGUUUGCAUGGUUUGUUUUUACCACAUAAUGCAAUCAAACUUGCUUCUUGUCACUUACGAAAAACACUAGGAUCAAUUAAGAGGAAUCGAUCAUUUUACUUACGUAUAAUUCCAUCGUUGUUGUUGAUUUGGGAGAAUUCAUGGGCACUUAAAUAAAAUCAAUUGUAGUGUCCGAUAGCUCCGAAAACUGAUCUGUGAGUAAUGCUUGUUUGUCUAAGACGCAGCAUGCUGGAAUCCAUACCCACAACGUAAAGAUUUUCAUAGAUUUAAAUUAUGGCUUUUUCACAACCAUGUCGCUUAUGUCAAUCUUAAGUUGUAGAUAUGGAACGCGUUCGCGACAACUACAAAAUCAAUAAGCGAGUAAUGAAACAGAAAAAUCGUCCGUUCAUAAGUUGCGACUUAUUAAAUUCCUAAGUGUUCUGGCAGCACUGCACGAGCGCCGGUUACCACACAGCAUGAUUUGGACGAUGAGGCAGCGUGCGUAAGUGUCGGUUGACAGGUGUCAGAAUGACAGUAGCGAUGACAAGAGAAGGAGAGAGAGACGGAUAGCCGUCAAAUGUAUGCGAUGUAAAUAAAAACAAGAAAGGAAGAAAUUGAAUUAGUUUGAUACCAUUUGCAAUUGUGGAUAAUCGGUAGAAAAUAGAGGAAUAGUUCGAAAGUUUGUUCGGCGAUUAGAAAAGAAGUUAGAUUUUUGGUUGGAGUAGAAAUAGUUCCGCGAGUGACUAGUGAGCAUAUUGUCAGAUUUGGUCAGACGAUCACAAGCGAAAUUAGUAAGUAGAAGUAGAGUAGAAGUUUAUUUACAAUUAGAGCGGAAGGUGACAAACAUAUAAUCCGUAGUAUUUCCGAGCCGUGGACGAAAAUUGAGUGGUUGAGGAGCUUGAGGCCCGACGGGACGAGACAGGUUGGACAGCAAGCGGACUUGAGAAACCAGGUAAAUGAGUUGAAAUAGUUAGAGAAAUGGAGGUAAACAAAUGUUGACAACAGAUACAGAAUACGCACGACGAGGACGAGACUUCCAGCACAGUGGUCCAAAACCGAAUUUCUAUAGGACAAAAUUCGUUGUUGCGUUGUCUGUAAAGGAAGGUAGAAGGAAAGCCAGUGAAGGAGAAAGACAAACUAAAAUUGUAAGUGUGCUCAUUAGAAAUAAGAAAAAUGCUUAAUUGUAUGACUAUUGACGAUACAUUAAAUUCAUUACUUACAGUUUGAUCUGCCACAAUAAAAGGCCGAUUCACAAAAAUUGUUUGCGCCGAAUUUGAUCCGAACAAAAUCAAAAAUUUUAAAUCGGAUUCUUCGGAAUGGCUUCCUCACCCUCCAAGACCGAGCAAUGUUUGUUCUGCUCGAUGUCGGAGUCGAUGUAUGAGGACGUAAACUGGGUCCAAUGUGGGAAGUGUCAACACUGGGCACAUUUUUCUUGCGCUGGUGUUGAUCAAGGGGUUGUCAACAGUGAUUGGCGGUGCCCACAGUGUCUCCCAAGUAGUGCGCAGCAGCUGAAAGUUCCGGAUGCAGCGGCCAAGAAGCGGAGCAAGAAGUCCGGCCAAAGAAGCGAUGGAGGGUCCGACCUGGGAGCUGGCUCUGACGUGGAUCCGAUUGAGAAGCAGUUGGAAGAGGAGCAACUCGCCAAGGAGAAGGCCUUUGCAAAGCAGAUGGCGGCGCGGAAGAAGCUACUUGCUCGGCAGAAGGCAUGGAAGGAAGAGCAGCAGAGGCAAGAACAGGAGAUGCGUGAGCUGGAACUCCAGGUUCAACGCGAAAUGGAGGAGCAGCAGUUGGAGCACGAACAGAAGUUGCUGGACGCCCAACUGGCAGCAGAGCAAGAGUUCGUGAAGAAGCGCGAAGCGAUUCGAAGGCAGUUUACGAGCAGCGUCAACCGAGUCAACGCGCUGAAAGACCAAGAAAGCGCUGUUGGCGAAGCUUCGGAGGACCAUCCGAAGAAGAGAGUGAAGGAGUGGCUGAAGGAUCAGUCAGUGGCAGUCGACAAGCCGUCGACCGCGGAUUUUCGGGGAGCGUACCCGAAAAGAGACGAACCAUUUGGAACGGGAUGCUCGAAGCAAGUUGGCAAGCCAAAGCCAAUGUCGAAAGUGCCGGUGAUCACGGAAUUUGAAGAUGGCUCAAGUGAGGACAGCGACAGUGAUGGCGACAGCAGCAGCGACGAGUCGUUCAAAGACGUUCGUGCGGAGAGCAGCCGACGAGGCAGUCUGCGAAGGAGCAGAGUUGCUGACGGGCCGGGGCCAAGAGUUGGCCGAAUCUACGGAGAGCAGCUAGACGAUCGAGCGGAAAGCAGCCGGCAUAGCAGUCUGCGGAGAAGCAGAGGUGCUGAAGGGCCAGGGCCAAGCGUUGGUCGGAUCUCCAGGGAGCAACUAGCUGCUCGAAAAGCAGUGUCGCAACACCUUCCAAAGUUUCGGGGAGAAGCAGAAGUCUGGCCGCUGUUCAUUAGCAGCUUCGAAUACACGACGGCGGCGUGCGGAUUUUCGAAUCUGGAGAACCUGAAGCGGCUACAGGACUGCUUGCAAGGCGACGCACUGGAGGCUGUGAGAAGCAGGCUGGUUCUACCAGACUCAGUUCCGGACGUGAUUGCAGAUUUACGGAACUUGUUCGGCAAGCCGGAGAAGCUGCUGAAGACGCUGCUGACGAAGGUGAGGAACGCUCCAGCGCCGAGAGCCGAUCGGCUGGAAACCUUCAUAAGUUUCGGCAUCACCGUAAAGCAAUUGUGCGAUCAUCUCGAGGCGGCACAGCUCAACGACCACCUCAACAACCCGAUGCUAGUGCAGGAGCUGGUCGACAAAUUGCCGCCGAGCUACAAGCUGGAUUGGGUUCGGUAUAAGCGCGGCAGAGUGGACAGUCCGCUGAGGAUGUUCACUCGAUUCACAACCAACAUCGUUUCCGACGUCUCCGAGGUGACGGAGUUCUCAACGCUGUCAGUGAAUGAGCGAGCGCGGCCUGGGAGAGAGAAUCCGAGGAGAAAGGAGUUUGUACAUGUGCACGAAUCCGAGCGGAAGCAGAGCGAAGGUUCUCGCAGCGAGAUGGCCAGCCGGCCAUGUUGGAUAUGCAAGCGAACGGAUCAUCUCAUCCGUAACUGCAAUGAGUUCAGACGAAUGAACGUCGUGGAGCGGCUACGUGAAGUCGAGAGGCAGAAACUUUGUGGAAUCUGCCUGAACAAGCACAGUGGAGGUCGGUGUUCGUCGAAGAUCCGGUGUAUGAUGGAAAAUUGCCGGGGCGGUCAUCAUCCUCUGCUGCACCGAGUGGAAGAAUCAGUGCAGCUGCAAAAAGCGAAGUCGGACUGCACGGUUAUUUUCCGAAUGAUGUCAGUGACGCUCUACGUCGGCAAGCGACAGUACGAUACCGUCGCGUUUCUGGACGAAGGUUCGUCGGCGACGCUGGUGGAUGAUGCAGUGGCAAAACGGCUGAAGGCAGGAGGAACACUCGAGCCGCUGAUAGUCACGUGGACCGGCAAUAUCAACCGGUUUGAGAACGAGUCUCGGACCGUAGAGAUUUCCAUGUCGGCGAAGGGCUCGAAGGAAAAGUAUCCGCUGUUCAAUACGCGAACGGUAUCAGAGUUGCAGCUGCCCAAACAGAACAUUCGGUACGCAGAGGUGGUCAAGCGAUACUCACAUCUCGCGGGAGUGCCGGCAAAGGACUUUCCCUCAGGUGUGCCUACGAUCCUCAUCGGACUGGAUAAUCUGCAUCUGUUCGCGCCGCUGGAGUCACGGGUUGGAAAGCCGAAUGAGCCGAUCGCCGUUCGGUCGAAGAUGGGCUGGACGAUUUACGGUUCCGAAAAGCGGAGACCGAUGGUGCAGACGUACCUGAACCUUCACUCCGUCGCACCAGUGAGCAAUCAGGAGCUCCAUGACAUGAUGCGGGAGCAAUACGUGUUGGAAGAAGCGCUGAAUACAUCGUUCGCCGUACCAGAGCCAUCGGAAGAGAAGCGGGCUCGACAGAUAUUCGAGUCGACGACGAAGCGAGUGGGCAAUCGUUUUGAAACGGGUCUUCUGUGGCGAAGCGACGAAAGGCGAUUUCCCGACAGUUACCCUAUGGCCGACCGAAGGAUGAAGGCACUUGAUCGAAAGUUGGAGCGAAGCCCAGCGCUGAAGGAGAACGUGUGUCGGCAGAUAGAGGAAUACCAGUCGAAGGGAUACGCUCACAAAGCAACUGAGGUGGAGCUGGCGGAAACACCACAGGGAACUGCGUGGUAUCUGCCGCUGAACGUCGUGGUGAACCCUAGAAAACCGGGCAAAGUCCGCUUGGUUUGGGACGCUGCUGCGUCGGUGAACGGGAUCUCCUUGAAUUCCGAGCUGCUUAAAGGUCCGGAUAUGUUGGUUCCGCUGCCACGAGUGAUCUGCCAUUUCCGAGAACGUCCGAUCGCCUUCGGUGGUGACAUCCAGGAAAUGUACCACCAAAUUCGCAUCAGAUCGGAGGACAAGCAGGCGCAGCGGUUUCUCUUCAGGGCGAACAGUGACGAAGCUCCGCAGGUAUACGUUAUGGACGUAGCGACUUUCGGCUCAACGUGUUCACCCAGUUCAGCACAGUACGUGAAGAAUCUGAACGCCGAGCAGUAUUCGGAACAGUAUCCGGAAGCGGCCGUAGCGAUAGUCAAGCGUCACUACGUCGACGACUAUUACGAUAGCGUGGACACUGUGGAAGAAGCGAUCCAGAGAGCUAGUGAGGUGAAAUACGUUCACUCCCGCGGUGGCUUUCACAUCAGGAACUGGGUUUCGAAUUCAGAGGCGGUCCUGGAGGAACUCGGGGAGCGAAGCAGGGAAACAGCAGUUCAUUUUAGCCUGGACAAGAGCACGGAGUACGAACGGGUGCUGGGAAUCGUAUGGGAUACGGUCGAAGACACUUUCUGCUUUGCCACCGCGUCGAAACCAGAGUAUUCAACCGUCCUUCGAGGAGGAGUACGCCCGACCAAACGAAUCGUGCUCAGUAUCGUGAUGGCGCAGUUCGACCCUAUGGGAUUCCUGGCGCCAGUAACAAUACUAGGAAAGAUGCUGAUCCAAGAUCUUUGGCGGACAGGCUGUCAGUGGGACGACGUGGUCGACGAUGCGGCGUUCAACAAAUGGAAACGGUGGACGAACAUUCUGGCCGAAGUUCGAGCAUUCAAGCUUCCACGGAGCUACUUUGGCAGUGCACGGUCGGAAGAGAUCCAGGACGUGCAGCUGCAUAUAUUUGCGGAUGCGAGCGAGACAGCGUACGGAUGCGUGGCGUAUUUCCGAGCCAUGGUACGAGGAGAAGUGAUGUGCGCGCUAGUGACCAGUCGUGCAAAGGUGGCGCCGUUGAAGCAGGUGUCGAUUCCGCGACUGGAACUUCUGGCAGCGGUGCUUGCUGCACGGAUGUCGCAAACGGUGCGUGAAAACCACAAUUUCGUCAUCACCAAGGUGGCGUUCUGGGUGGAUGCAGAGCUCGUGCUUUCCUGGAUUCGAUCUGAUCAGCGUCGGUAUAAGCAGUUCGUCGGUUUCCGCAUCGGAGAGAUCCUGAGCCUGACGAGACUGGCAGACUGGCGAUGGGUGCCCACGAAGCUGAAUGUAGCUGAUCAGCUGACAAAGUGGGGUAAGGAUCCGGAUACAAAGCCAAGCAGCGCUUGGGUGAGAGGACAGCAGUUUCUGUACGAGAGCGAGGAAGAUUGGCCGAGGAAGAAUAUGCCACCGGCGAACACGACGGAGGAGUUACGGGUGCAUCUACUGCUGCAUGAUGUGAAGGUUCCUGCGGUGCUUGUGGACGCAAACCGAUUCUCGAAGUGGACGAUCCUGGUACGGACGAUCGCGUGCGUGUUCCGGUUCGUGUCGAACUGCAGACGAAAGAAGGAAAGGCUGCCGACUGAAACGCUGCGAGCAACGAGUGGCCAGCUGAAGGUGCGGAUGGCAUCCACAGGAGCAUCAGUUCGCAUACCAUUGAAACAAGAGGAGUAUGAGAAGGCGGAGCGGUGUCUUUUAAAAGUAGCGCAGUCGGAGAGCUUCAUCGACGAGCUGAAAGUGCUGUUGAAGAACAAAGACCGAUCGGUGGACCGAUGGAUGGCGAUCGAGAGGUCCAGUCCGCUGUACAAGCUGACUCCGAUGAUCGAUGAGGAUGGAUUAAUUCGGAUCGAAGGCCGAACCGAGAGGGCGGAAUUUCUACCGUUCGACCUACGAUUUCCGGUGAUUCUACCGGACAACCAUCGGAUUACGCAGCUGAUCGUUCAGCAUUACCACGAGCGGAGUGGCCAUGGAUACCGUCAGGCGGUGAAGAACGAAUUGCGGCAGCUGUUCUACAUUCUCCACGUCGAUGCUGUAGUCCGGAAAGUGGCAGCUUCCUGUGUAUGGUGCAAGGUACAUCGAUGUCGUCCGGAAACUCCAAGAAUGGCGGCACUGCCAGUGCAGCGACUAACGCCGAAUCUACGGCCGUUCAGCUACGUCGGAGUCGAUUACCUGGGGCCGUUCGACGUGACCAUAGGGCGCAGAACGGAGAAGAGGUGGAUCGCACUGUUCACCUGCAUGGUAACACGCGCAGUGCAUUUGGAGGUGGCGUUUGGACUAACGACGCAGUCUUGUUUGAUGGCGAUACACCGGUUCAUCGGCCGCCGUGGCUGGCCGGUCGAGUUUUUCUCAACGGGACGAAUCUCAGAGGAGCCAGCAAGGAAGUGGUGGAGUCUGUGCAGGGCAUCAGCGAUGACUGUGCAGACCAACUGA